UGACGGUGAUGGGGCAGUUUUCUGAGAGGAGGCGACAGCUUUCUGAGAGGAGGGGACAGUAACUGACGGUGAGGGGGCAGUAACUAUUAUCGAGCGGGGCUGAGAUGUGGAUCCAGCCGGAGGAGGUGCUCCUGGCGGGGGCGCUGUGGGUCUCGGAGCGGGCGAACCCAUUCUUCGUCUUGCAGAGGAGGAGGGGUCACGGCCGAGGAGGGGGUCUGUCCGGUCUCCUGGUUGGGACUCUAGAUGUGGUCCUGGACUCCAGUGCCAGAGUGGCUCCAUACAGGAUCCUUCUGCAGACUUCGGACUCUCAGAUCUACUGGAACGUAGCCUGUGGCUCUUCCAGGAAGGAGAUCACAGAGCACUGGGAUUGGCUGGAGACCAACCUGCUGCAGACGGUCGCCAUCUUUGACAACGAUGAAGACGUCACCACCUUUGUCAAAGGGAAGAUCUGUGGCAUCAUAGCGGAGGAGAAACGUCUGAAGCAGAGAGAGGAGCCAGAGGAGGACAGUGGGAAGUUCCGGGAGGCGGAGCUAAAGAUGCGGCAGUUGUUCGGGAUGCCUGAAGAAGAGAAGCUGGUCAAUUAUUACUCGUGCAGCUUCUGGAAAGGACGAGUUCCUCGCCAAGGCUGGCUCUACCUGUCCAUCAACCACCUGUGCUUCUACUCCCUCCUGCUGGGCAAAGAGGUGACCUUGGUGGUGCCGUGGACUGAGGUGACCCAGCUGGAGAAGAACGCCACCCUGGUGUUUCCGGAGAGUGUCCGCGUCAGCACACGCCACACAGAACGCUUCUUCUCCAUGUUCCUCAACAUCAACGAAACAUUGGCUCUGAUGGAGCAGCUCGCUAACAUCGCCAUGCGUCAGCUGCUCGACAACGAGGCCUUCGCCGCCGACCACUCGCUGCCCAAACCCUGCAAGACACUCAAGAACGUCUCUGUUCUCAAGAGGGACCUGGAUGCCCGGGCAAAGAACGAGCGCUACCGCACCAUGUUCCGCCUGACACAAGACGAGCGCCUGGACGGUCACACGGACUGCACGCUGUGGGCGCCGUUUGCCAAGACGCACGUGAUCGGUCAGCUUUUCAUCUCCAACAACUACAUCUGUUUUAACAGCAGAGAAGAAGAAGUGUGUCAGCUGAUCAUCCCACUACGAGAGGUGUCAGUCGUAGAGAAGGCCGACAGCAGCAGCGUUCUUCCGUGUCCCGUCUCCAUCAGCACCAAGAACAAGAUGAACUUCCUGUUUUCAAACCUCAAAGACAGAGACUUCCUGGUCCAAAGAAUCUCCGACUUCCUGCAACGCACGCCCGACAGCCCGCUGCCGCCCACUAUGUCCUCUCCUGCAGGACCUGAGUCUGUCCACAGGGGGCGUCAAUACCACAGUGGUCUGCCCACAGCCAGCCAGAGCCUGUUGCAGCUGUACCACGUCACCACCACAGCCACCACAGAGGACCUGGGUCCCAGAGCUAUGAAGGAGAAGAUGAAGGAAGAGGUGUGGAACAUCCAUUUCUCAGAGUUUGGUCGGGGUGUGUGUAUGUACCGAACGUCGAGAACCAGAGAACUGGUCCUCAACGGGAUUCCAGAGAGUCUGAGGGGGGAACUGUGGCUGCUCUUCUCAGGAGCACAGAAUGAGAUGGACUCUCACCCUGGUUACUAUGGCGACCUGGUUGAACGGGCCAUGGGUCAGUGUUCGUUGGCGACAGAGGAAAUAGAACGGGACCUCCAUCGUUCAAUGCCUGAACACCGGGCUUUCCAGAACGAGACGGGCAUCGCUGCUCUGCGCCGUGUCCUCACUGCGUACGCUCACCGCAACCCAGGCAUCGGAUACUGCCAGGCCAUGAACAUCGUCACAUCCGUCCUGCUGCUCUACUGUCCUGAAGAACACGCCUUCUGGCUGUUGGUGGCGCUGUGUGAACGAAUGUUGCCCGACUACUACAACACCAGAGUCGUAGGAGCUCUAGUGGACCAGGGUGUCUUUGAGGACCUGACUCGGCUCUUCUUGCCUGCUCUUCAUGAACACAUGCAGGAUCUUGGUGUGAUCUCCACCAUCAGUCUCUCCUGGUUCCUCACUCUAUUCCUGUCAGUGAUGCCAUUCCACAGCGCCGCCCUGCUGGUAGACUGCUUCUUCUACGAGGGCAUCAAAGUCAUCUUUCAGGUGGCACUGGCUGUUCUCCAUGACAACAUGGACGCUCUGUUGUCCUGCAGUGACGAGGGAGAAGCCAUGACCAUCCUGGGCAGGUACCUGGACCACGUUGUGAACAGACACACAGUGUCUCUGAACAUCCCUCACCUUCAUGCUUUGCUGACGAGUGGAGACGAGCCUCCACCUGAGAUCGACAUCUUGGACCUGAUCAAGUCCUCUUAUGAGAAGUUCGGCAGCCUGCGCUCUGAUGUCAUUGAGCAGAUGAGGUUCAAACAAAGGUUAAAGGUCAUUCAGUCGCUGGAGGACACAGCCAAGAGGAGCGUGGUCAGGGCGAUGAUGACAGAGUCUGCGUUCAGCAUCGAUGAGCUGGAGGAACUCUACUGUCUUUUUAAGUCCAAACACAUGACGAGCUGUUAUUGGGGCUCCAGAAGUUCUGCGGCAGAGCGCCACGACCCGAGUCUUCCGUACCUUGAGCAGUACCGCAUCGACCCGGCUCAGUUCUGCCAGCUCUUCACGGCGCUCACCCCCUGGGUGUGUGGAGGCCACACCCCCUCAUUGUCGGCACGCCUCUUCAGACUCCUGGACCAGAACCGGGAUGGACUGGUCAACUUCAAAGAGUUCAUUACUGGACUCAGUGUGAUGUAUCAUGGAGACAUGACAGAGAAACUCAAACUGUUGUACAAGCUCCACCUACCACCAGCUCUGUGUGCUGAGGAGGCGGAGUCUGCUCUGGAGGCCACGACCUUCUUUACUGAGGAAGAAACACAAGACUCCUCCCUCGUGUCUCACCUGGACUCUGUACGGCAGCAGGAAGUGACAGGUGACGACGGGAAAAAGGAAGCAGGAGAAGGAGAGAAGAAGAGAGAGGUGAAGGACUACAAGUUUUAUCUGAGGAUGUGGACCAAAGAGAAGGAGACCAAGACUGAGACCAUCAAAGACCUGCCCAGGAUCAACCAGGAACAGUUCAUAGAGUUUUGUAAAACUCUGUAUAACCUGUUCAGUGAGGAGGAGGCGGAGCAGCAGCUCUAUCACGCCAUCGCCACGGUGGCCAGUCUCCUGCUGCGCAUCGGCGAGGUCGGCAAGAAGUUCAAUAACGGCACAAACAAACCUGCUGCUGCUCAGGCCCCACCUCCUGUUCAGGCCACGCCCCAUGACUUUGUGGAGGGGGCAUCAGCUGAGUCUCAGGUAUUUCAGGCACUGGCCGACGCCCAGCUUGAGCCCACAGCUCCUCCCAUGCCUGACGAGGACGUCCAAGACGACACGUCGGCAUCGUCGUACUCCGUGGUGAGUUCGGGCUCGCUGCCGUGUGAUGACAUUGGUGAUGACACAGUGCUGGGGUGCAGUGGCGAGCAGAGGCGGGGCAGUGAGCAGAGGCGGGGCAGUGUCCUGGACGUGGAUUGGUCGAUCACCUUUGAGCAGGUGUUGGCAUCGCUGCUGACCGAGCAGCCGCUUGUUCACUACUUUGAAAGGAAAGAGAACAUCCAGAACAAGAUGGCCGCCUGUAAGGCCCAGCGGGCAGUGGAGCGUCAGAUAAGCUCCGCCUCUGACCACGAAGUCUCCCAGCAUUCAAUCUGAGUCACAUUAGCUGAAUCAGAUGAUGACAUCACUGUUGGUGAAGGUUGGUCUGAGGAGCGAGGACGUCGCUGACCUACACAUGGGUGUGGCUAAAAGAAUUGGUCACACCCUUUAAACCAUGUUUGACUGACAAUUUUAACAUUUGUCUGAAUCUUAAGAAGUUUAUGCUUUUUUAAAUCAUAUAUAAAAAUGGACCAGGAAAGAAGAAUCUAUUGACUAGCCACCAGGGGGCGACUCUGCUGGUUGUUUGAAUGGAAGUGUGUUAAAAAGAUGACGAUUUGUAA